AGGCGAGCGGGAGCGCGGGGCCAGGCGGGUCCGGUCCGGGUUUUGCCGGCAGCCCCGGGCAGCGGCGGCGGCGACGGCGGCAGGGCGAUGCAAUGUGGUCCGCCUGUCUGUGCACUUCCCGGGCGAGCAGGGAUGCAGAGAUGAAUGCCUCGCCUCAAUGCUGUCUGCAGCACUCCGAAUUCCAGCUGUGCCGGGCUGCCCAUUCAUCCAGUCGAUGAUCUCACCCCACCCCAGCCCGCUUGUUAAUUGUCGCGCCUCCCCUCCGCCUGCAUGACAACCGCUCCCAAGAGUCGUAUGUUUUGUAUCAGAGCAGCAGACUAUGUCAUUGCACUGAAAUUGCACUGAAGACCCUUGCAGCAGCCGUGGAAGGAUUCCCUCUGUUUAUUCUCAUUAUAUAAUUUUUCGGUGGUUGGUUUGUUUGUUUGUUGCCACUGCAAGUGGGGUUCGGGGGUUUUUGUUUUGUUUUUGGGGUUUUUUUAACACCAUGUCCAAUCCUGGCUCCCAUCAAGAUACUGGGAACAAACCAGACAUGUUGGAAAAAAAUAACCAAGAUGACUCUCAUCCCCCUGUCAACUCUGAGAGGAGAAACAAAAGUGGGAUAAUAAGUGAACCUUUGAAUAAAAGUCUUAAGAAGUCCCGUCCACUCUCCCACUACUCCACUUUUGGCAGCACCAGCUCGGUAAGUGAACAUUCAGAGAAAGGCACCCCCUUAACUAAUGGCAAUGAAGCAACUGUGGAUAAAAGUAAUUCUACCUCAAAGCACAAAAACAUCUCUAAUAUGCUGAGCAAAUCAGACAGAGCGACAGAAAUCUCCUCAGAAGGACAGAACAGCCUACAACAGUUUGCUCAGUCUACAGAUAUGCUCAAAAGAGCGGUACAGGAGCACAUUCCUCUACCGACUGACCACGGGACCGGUAUCUCUGACAUGGAAGCGGUCUCAGCUGCAGAGACAAUGAACAGCCCCUCUGAUUUUCCUUACCUGGGGGCUUUUCCCAUAAACCCAGGCCUUUUCAUUAUGACCCCUGCUGGAGUAUUUCUGGCAGAGAGUGCGCUCCAUAUGGCUGGCUUGGCAGAGUAUCCAAUGCAGAAUGAAUUGGCAUCUGCCAUCAAUUCUGGGAAAAAGAAACGGAAAAGAUGUGGCAUGUGCCCUCCAUGCCGAAGACGGAUAAACUGCGAGCAGUGCAGCAGUUGUAGGAAUCGCAAAACUGGCCAUCAGAUUUGCAAAUUCCGAAAAUGUGAGGAACUCAAAAAGAAGCCUUCUGCAGCACUGGAGAAGGUGAUGCUUCCUACAGGAGCUGCAUUCAGAUGGUUUCAGUAGGAAUGAGAAUUCCAAAGCUCUGUCAUCCAAGUGCAAUGUCACUGCUUGCUUGUGUUGUCUCAGGCAAGGAAUUUUUUGGCUGAAAUGAAUGGAUGCACCUGUGUCUCUUUAGAACCAAAAAUAUUUUCUCGCAAAUUUCAUUCCUGUUUUUAUAUUUUUUUUUGCGUUUGUUUAACAUCUUCAAGUCCUAGUAAAACAUUUAACUGCUUUUCAAAUAAAAAAAAAUUACAAUGGAUCUGUAAAGUACCAAGACUUAAUAGACAGAGUAUGGACAAUCAGUUUCUUUCUGUGUUUUGGUGUUGAUGUUGUUUAUGUGUGAAAGAUGCAGUUCUUGUGUAGGGAAUGUAAAUUUACAGUAACCUUUUAAAAUCUAGUUACUAAUAAGCACUACUGUAAUUUAGCACAGUUGUUUAAUUACACCCUCAUUUAUACUUUUUAUUUGAUUAUUUCCCAUCCUACAAUAGAGUGGAUAGUUUCUAGAAUGCCUCAACUUCAUGUUUAUAAAUGAGAAUAUGUUUAAAGCAAUGUAGUUUCCCUUUUCCUAACCAUUCACAUAUGUAAGUUUAACCAGCAAGAAGUUUGGUAUUAAAGAUAAAAGAAAAAUGGCUAUAAAAUGGGCAGUCUUAAAAAAAAAAGACAUUGUUAGUUUAUUAAUAUAGAACAAGAAAUACUGCAUACAGAAAAAAUCCUAAUUGCAACGGUUUACUUAUAGAAACCAUUUUUGUAAACUUACUGAAGUUAAAAGAAAAAUAAAAAAUAUUGCAGGACCUGCGCUUCAAGCAGUUAUGAAAACUGAUAUUUCUCUUCUGUUUCAAUCCCCGUCUUUCCAGCUCUCUCUCCAUCAUUAAAUUGAAAUGCUGUUUGUAAUGUUUUAGCGAUCCAGGCUGUUUUGUGAAUAAAAUGAAUGCAUGUUUUGUGUCAUGA